CCCCUUAUCGAUGGCCAACGACGGUUACGGCAAAUGCGAUGUGCCUCCAAGCCCCCGCGCCGCUGUCCAGAGUACCCGAUAGAAAUACCUAUACGUUAGGUACUUGUUCGAAGAAAUCCCUCCCAACCCUUCUUCCUCCUGCCAAUUCCAAUCGGUUGGCAACGAGCAUUGAUAAUGGCCUUCGACACCACGGCCAAGUUCGACGACUGCGCAAACGGCACCUUUCAAUGGUCGCUAGCAAUGUUCUCGUCGACUUUCAGCGAGGUGGCCAUUCUCGACUCUGAAUUCUGGGGAUUCCUGCGGGAUAUUGACGCGGCAGGAUCCUACGGAACAAGUCCACAAGCCGCUCGGGACCAGCGCCAGCAGAGUCCCCGCGGCGUGGACAUUCUAAGCGCCGAGUACGCCACCGAGGAUUGCGGCACGGGGCCGGGAUUAGUAACUUCAGAGCUCGAUUAUCACCAUUAUGCGGGUGCGCAGCCGACGAGCGGGCUAAACGAGCGCCAUCCGCAGUUCGUCGGGCCUCUCGUCGCCAACGGAGACCCAGGUGCUAACGUCGGGGAUCCGAUCUCUCUCGCCGGCGACGGGCUCAUGCCAAUGACGAUUCCAGCGACAAGCAGAGCGCUGCUCGCGCCCGCGACAACGACGGCGGGGGUCGCCAAGAAGCACGAGCGCAGCCGCGAGCGCAACCGCGCGGCGGCGCACAAGUGCCGGCAGAAGGCGCGGCAGAGCGCGACCAAGCUGCAGGCGCGCGAGCGAGCGCUGGGCCUCGAGAACCGGGCGCUGCGCGCGCGCGCCGGCAGCUUGCGCGACGACGUGCUGCGCCUCAAGAGCGAGAUCCUGAACCACGGCACUUGCAGCAGCGACCUCAUCCAGGCCUACAUCGUGCGGGCGGCGGGCGCCGUGCGCUAAGUGGGCGUUCCCGCCUCCCUCCCCUCAAGGUUAACCAAAAAAACGAGAGCGGAAAAGAAGGAUGCGAGUUAGGGUAUGAAGGAGUCGGCGCUUAUUCUUAUACGGAGGGCGGUCCACGGGCCAAACGUGUCUUUCUUUACGUGGCUUCGCUCAUCACGAUCGAUCACGGUCCUGCGCUCGGGACAUAGUCAAGGCAAUAAAGGAAGGAGGGGGAGGGGAGGGGAAGGGGGGGUAGAAAUCGACCUAUCCUUAAUGCCUCCCCGUUCCCGUCGACGUUCUAUCUCAGCCCUCUUCGCAGAACCGCGGU